AUGGCAUCUCAACCGCCCUCACAGACAGACAAGAGACCCGACUCUCGCCGGUUGGCAGACUUUGCAGCAAAAGCGGCCGAAGCCUUCGUCUCUGCCUACUACGCAGCAUCAGACUCUCCACAACGGACGAACCUCGUACCCACACUGUAUUUGCCGAACUCUUCGAUCGUUUGGAACGGUACGCCUGUCAGUGGACAGCAGGAAUUGACGGCCAUGUUGAACAGUAUGCCGGGGAGUAAACAUGAGGUGCAGGCGUUCGAUUGUCAUGCUGUUGGAGGUAGCGUUGAUGGUGCAACAUUCGUCCCCCCUUCACUAAUCCUCAGCGUCUCAGGCACAGUAUCGCAUCACACCCCCGAAUCAUCAUCAGCCCUAGCGGCCACAACAUCAACCGCACCGAAAUCAGCCACCGCCUCCACCCACGGUGCGAAUCGAAAUCGAGGAAACUUUGACCCAGACGCACCGAUAACUUCACAUCCAAGAGCGUUCAGUCAGAACUUUGUGUUGGUGGAUGCAGCACAAGUUGGUGCCGGAGAGGGAGGGGUCGCCUGUGCUAGUACAACGGGAAAGGAUGGCAGUAUUACGUUGAGCGGCAAGUUUUUUGUUCAGGCUGACAAUUUCCGGUUUGUCGGCUGA